GUCAAUUCUCCAAUUAAAAAGGCAGGUAGCAAGAGAUCGAAGCGAUCGAAGAGAGAUGGACAUGGUGGCAGGAUUGGUGGAUGAGAAGCCAUUGGUGAUCUUCAGCAAGAGUUCAUGUUGCAUGAGUCACUCAACAAAGUCAUUCCUACGUGGGUUUGGGGCAAACCCUACAGUUUACGAGCUGGAUCAAAUGCCGAACGGGCAGCAAAUCGAAAGGGCGCUGCUGCAGCGGGGUUGCAGGCCAAGUGUACCAGCUGUGUUCAUAGGCCAAGAGUUGGUGGGAGGUACGAACACAGUCAUGAGUCUCCAUGUACAGAACAGGCUUGUCCCUUUGCUCAUGAGAGCUAAAGCUAUUUGGAUUUGGAACGAUCGAUGAUGAUUAGUAGCAUAGACUUACUAUGCACACCCAGCAGAUGUACUGAUAAAAUGGCCGGCCUCUAUCCAAUAUAGGAGGCUCGGUCCAUAUCUUUUUGUACUUCGAUUUG